GCGGUCAGUUACCGGUCCGGUUUGUUUACAUCUGUGUGGAAGCUUGUAGCGUUUUACCCUGAGAGAACGCCACCGCUAGCUUAUGAAAAUUAAUAGCUUACAUUAUUAAUCUGUAAACGUUUCAUACGCGGACCGUGUUGUUGUUGUUGUUGUACGACAUGUCCAAACAGCAGACAGUCGAUGAAUGUUUGUCUAGCCUUGAGGUCACAUUUGAAUAUUGGUUUUCCUGAUUCUUCGAAUUUCAUUUUUAGUUCCGUAAAUGUUUGCGUUACAUUAAUAUUCACGAAAGCCACGCGCCUCCUGUGUUCAUGUAAGUGUAGGAACAAUGGGGUGAAGGAAAACACGCUGCUCUGACUGGUUCACCGGCUUCCUCUCGCUUAUUCAUCUACUCGGCUCUUCCUCCUGGUCACUCACUGUCAGCUGAUUUUUUUUUUUUUUACGAGGAAAUGGGGUCAAAGAUGGAUUAAAUUAACUUUUAGCUCUACCUCUUGCUGAGACGGCACAUUUAGGAAACGAGCUGAGGAUAAGUAAGGUUUCUGUUCGAGAAGGGAACCGAAACUGGCUUUUAGUUUGUGUGGUUUGUCUCAGCUGUGAUCGGUUUAGCUGCUGGGACUGGACUGAUAGUUGAGAGUGUUUGAACUACCAGCGGUCAUCAUGUCGGACAGAGAGAGGUCCCUGCGACCCUUCAGGAAGCUCAGCUACGCCUCGGGCCACUUCCUGAAUGACCUGUGUGCUUCCAUGUGGUUCACCUACCUGCUGGUGUUCUACCACUCUGUGCUGGGCUUCAACAACACUAAUGCAGGUGUGUUGUUGCUGGUUGGGCAGAUAGCCGAUGCUCUUUGUACACCUCUUAUUGGGUAUGAGUCGGAUCAAACUUCUGGAUGUGGAAACUAUGGCAAGAGGAAAACCUGGCAUUUAGUGGGUACACUAAGCGUGGUGCUGUCAUUUGCCUUCAUAUUUAACCAGUGCCUGGGCUGCAAUGUCCACACUCCUCAGUGGGCCAGUUUGACCUACUUUGCCCCGUUUAUCAUCAUCUUUCAGUUUGGCUGGGCUGCCACACAAAUCUCCCACUUGUCUCUUAUUCCAGAGCUAGUCACCUGUGAGCAUGCUAAAGUGGAGCUGACUGCAUACAGGUAUGCAUUCACAGUCAUAGCCAACAUUGUAGUGUAUGGACUGGCCUAUCUGCUGUUUGGCGUUCAGGCUGGAAAGGACAACGACCCUCUGAGUGAUACACUCGGCCCAGCAGAUAUUCCAGUCUUCAGGAAUCUGGCAUUAAUUGUGCUGGGGAUUGGUGCUCUUUUUGCCAUCUUCUUCCACUUGGGAACCACAGAGGGGCAAAACCCCGGAGAGGAGGCUGAUGGGGAACAGAGACCCUUGUUACCUUCCUCUACCCCUACUUCAUCCUUUCUGCAGUGGAAAUGUUGGCUCAAGCAGCCUUCUUUUUACCAGGUGGCCUUACUCUACAUGUCCACCAGAUUAAUAGUGAAUCUCUCUCAGACAUACAUUGCUAUGUAUCUCAUCAACACUCUGGGGCUGCCUAAGAAUUACAUUGCAACAAUUCCACUCGUCAUGUACAUCAGCGGAUUUCUGUCUUCUUUCAUUAUGAAGCCUGUCAGUAAACGCAUUGGAAAGUGUCUCACCUACUUUGUGGGCCUGGUGCUGAUCAUGGCCUUCUCAUACUGGGUGCUGCUGGACAACAAGAUGGGUCAGCAGGUGUAUGGGGCAGCAGUGCUGCUGGGGGUCGGCUCCGCCACUAUACUGGUCAUAUCGCUCGCCAUGACUGCGGAGCUCAUCGCAGAUCAGACG